UCCAUGUCCUGCCCAGUCCCCAGUACUUCAUCAACUUCAUCUUCCGACUUCAUGGCAAUGAGUCACGAAACCUUACUCUGCCUGAGUUGCAAGCUCUGAUGAGCCAGCUGAAUGUGGGGAUGAAGGCUGAGGUCCAUCACCAUGGGAGCGAUGAAGAGCACCAUCAUCAUCACAGAAAGAAUGGCCUGGAAUCGAAGGCAAACAGCCAGCUAAGGACUCCUCAAAAGACCCAGAUGAAGGACUCUGAUAGCGUAUGGGACACAGUAUGCCUGAGUGGCUCCGAUGUCCUGGAGGUAUAUGGGUUGUCAGAAAAGGAAGGGGUAUCCCCAGAUGCUUGGGCCCAGCUCAGCCCAGCCCUACUCCAGCAACAGCUCAGUGGGGCCUGCUUAUCUGUUCAAUCCUCCUCCCAGGAGCAACUCAGCAAGUCUGAAAAAUACCUAUAUAGCUCCCUAGCUGUGCUGAUCAUCUGCCUCGCCUCCGUCUUCGGCCUGGUGGUUCUGUUCUGUGCCUCCUGCAAGGAUCUCUCUCACUAUGUCAUCCAAACCUUCCUGGGCAUGGCUGUGGGUUCCUUAACUGGAGGCUUGCUUCAUCUCAUCCCUAAGGUACUUGGCCAACAUUCCCAUGGGAACAAAGCUGGGCAUGGAGGUCCUGAGCUUGUGACAAGGAGAGAGCAGUACUUGCAACCACAGCCACGGAAUGCCCUGCAGAUGGUGAAGGAUGAACUGUCCCACCAGAAACAGCAACAGCAGCCGAAGGUAUCAGAGGAGAACCCAGAAAUUUCUGGUCGGCAUCGCAAAAACCUGAGCCGCGGUAAGCCCGGCACUGGCUCUGCUGUCUCUCUGGCCUGA